AUGGAUACCCUGACCAAAAAGACCCUUGACGUCUCACGUUCCCUGACAUACACAUACUACCACCAGCCACCGGCUCAACCAGAGAACCCUACUGUUUUGUGUAUCCAUGGCUUCCCUGACGAGGCCGCUGAAUGGGCAGACCUAGCCACCAAUCAUCUCAUCCCUGCUGGCUACGGUGUCAUUGCUGUUGACUGUCUGGGCUAUGCUGGCACCUCCAAGCCUGUUGAUCCUGCCAUGUAUGCCUUCGAACACAUGACCAAGGACCUUACAGAAAUCCUUGAUAACGAGAAGUUGCAAAAGGUCGUCUCGCUAGGCCAUGACUGGGGCUGUGCUUUUGCCCAAAGAUUCUACAACUACUAUCCCCAACGUGUUUUGGGACUUGUUAUGGUCAAUGUUGCCUAUAACCCACCUAGCGAUCAGCGCUUCGACCUGGACGCAGCCAACGAGAUGACCAAGAAGAUCUUUGGCUACCCUACUCUUCCUUACUGGCACUUGAUGGCCAGCGAGAAUGGCUACAAAGUUCUUGAUGAGCAUCUCGAGAGCUGUUUUACUGUCCUGCAUGGUCCUCCGGCCAGCUGGCUAGACACAGUCUGCAAAGAGGAUGGCCUGAAGGACUACUUGCUUCAAGACAAGAAGCAAGAGACCGAAUCUUAUGCCACCGAGGAGAUGAAGAAUGCGUUCAUGACUCGCUUCAAGCGCGAUGGAUUCGCCGGACCAACAUGUUGGUACAAGGCCGCAGUGGGCGGUAUCCAAAGCUUUGAAGCCAAGAGAGUCAAGGCAAUCACUGUCGAAGUGCCUUCGCUCUUCGUUGGCUUUGACAGCGACAAGGUGUGCCGUGCAGAGGCAAUUGGCAUGGCCAUGAAGAAUGGUCUUUUGCCUAAGCUCACAAAUGUCACCUUGGAGGGUGGUCACUGGGGUCUGCACGCCAAUGCUGAGAAGUUUGGCAAGACUAUUGUUGACUGGCUGAAGAAAGAGAUCUGA